AUGGGCGGUGUUAGCUCUUCGGCCGCGAAUGAUCGGCACUCAUCGAAUAGAAGAAGCAGCCAGAACAACUACAAUCCGCCGCAUGGUCGAGGGCGAUCGCCAUACCGCGGAAGUAACAGGAAAAACAACCAUGCCCCAUCCUUCUCGCAGGACCAGCACUCGCGCAACAAUCACAAUCCUCACCACGGCGCACAAGGACACAGAACCAACUCUCAUAACAACCCCAACGCCAACCCUAACAACAAACACAACCGCCGCAGACACCCCAGGGCCGCAAGCACAGACAACGCCGACGCCGAGUUCGACGAGAGCACCAGCAUCGACGACCCGUUCAACUCUUCAUUCUUCUCCCCGCGACACACCCACAACGGCGUCUACAAAAGCAAAAGCAACAACAACAUCCGGUCCUGCACAGAAUGCAGUUCCGUCCGCCGCGCGAACCUGCGCUUCCGGAACUGGGCCGUGCGCGCCUUGACCCGGUGCAACGAGCGCUUCGCCGCGUGGGCCAACGAGGUGGGAGUCGAGUUUGGGACGGGGGAUGAGAUGGACUGGCAGCCCGAGCCCGUGGUGCGGGUGUUGCUGGUCAGUGGAGACGUGUCGCCUACUUCUACUGCUUCUCUGCCUCUUAUUACCCAGUUUACAAGCAUGGAGGGCCAGCAGCAGAAGCAGCAACAAGAGCAGAUAGGUCCGGUACCAACACCUGGGCCGUGGGCUUGGCCCCCUUGGUCUGCGCCAACAGCAUGUCCGCCGCCUGAAGCCGUUCCGGCGCAAAUACAAGACGGCGGUGGGCUUGCGACGUCCCAGGGAAAUAUGCCGUGCGAUGGGCUAUGUGGGGGCGAUGGUAAUGGAACUUUGUCGAUCUCAGGUUUCGGAUCGCUAGGUGUUGGCUGUGGCGAACUGUCGGGGCCUUUAUCGAAUCUCAACCCUGACGUGGGCCUCAACCAGUGA